AUGUCUGGCCACGGUCGUUCGGUGUUUGUGAACUCGUGCAUCAAGAAGCCGCUCAGCCCAUCGAGCAAGCGGCCGAAUCCUUCCUUCCUGGUGCCCCAGUGCAGUCUCGACCGUGGGCUGCAGGACUCACGCACGCAGGACGCCAUGAGCACGAUCACGCGCAAAAAGGCGGCCUCCAAGUGUCCGUUAGCUCGGAAUGGUCACUAUCGCCGUACACGAUGCUGCUCCCUGACCCACCAGCUACGCAAGGAAACGGACAACUUCCAGACGAUGGUACAGUUCUACGAUAGUAUUCCGGAUUACAACGAUUUGCUGCACCUGCCCCGCGAUGAGUUCUACUGUCGGUUGAACACACUGAAGAAAAAGCAACGGGAGCUGAAAUCCAUUUGUUUCGCGAGCGAUCUGGAUGGCAGGAAAGACCAUGGACCGCACAGUGAACAGGGGUCUGAUGAUGGCGAUUCCUUACACUCCUGGAGUAAGUCGCCUCCGACGGUAGUGGAUGCCACUGAGACUGGCGUUAGACCAACGGGUGUGCUACGGAAAGGAUCCGCCAAAUCCGUCCGUAUCGAGAGCCACAAGGAGGAUAAUCUUAGCGAUGUGCUCGGUGAAAGCAGUCAACGUUACCGUCGAUCCGGUACACCUUACGUGUCCGAUCCGGACGAGAGUGCGGCCACGACCACGACGACAGCGACUACCAAGAAUGCCUCCCCUUGCGCCACACCACUUCAUUCGGAUUUCAUGGAGCGUUACGAUCGGUACGUGAAACGGAAUCUGCGCUGUAAAUCGGCCAGCCCGAUUCGGAACCUCGCCAACAUCACCGUACCGCAACCGUACAAGAUGACGCAACGGGAGGAAGAGCAAAGGACGGUGCAGGAGUUGCUGCUAAGCAGCCAAGCUGCCUUUCCUUCGCGUGAAACACUGCCGGAAGCUUCUGCCAUCAAAUCGCAGCCUCAGUUCCGUGCCCACCCUGUACCAAUUACUUCGCGCAUUCCCCUCUUUGAUAUCAUCAUGGCCGAUCAAGAGUAUCGGAAUCGGUUGGCGAAGCUAAACUCCGAGAUUGAACUGCAAUCCCAGAUGAAACCGUUCCAGUUCUCCGAGCGGUUGAACCGAGGAAACAAUCGCUGUCUUAGCCGAAGCCUUUCAUCGCCGGCGCUUCUCAGCACCGGAUUGGAUGGUGCUGGGCAUACGAUGCCACGUACUACCUUCAAGGCAAAACCUUGCCCAAAGAAGCUGUUCAGUAACUACUUCUAUACCAAGGCCUGGGAGGACGAAUACUUUCGGCAUCUCAACAAGCGCAUUCGGGCCGAAGAGAUGCUCCGACAGGCGACACUUCCUCCCUCGAUGGCCCGACGUGAACGUAACGAACGGAAGAACUGUCUUUCGCGCCACUCGACCGGACUGGCGGAGGACACCGGCAAAGAGCGGCCCAGCAGUGGCAAGUCCAAGUCGAAACGUAAACGGAAGGUACGUAAAGCGAGCAAACGGCGGAAAAGUAUCGAGGAGAAGUGCGCCGAAUAUUUUGCCUCCGUAGCCGACCCGUCCGGGGUAAGUCCUUCUUCGUUGUCCAUACCAUAUCCGACCAGCAAUUCCAGCUGUAGUACGGACAAUAACCGCGGCUCUGGUGAUACACCGGCCCCGAUAUACCCCGUCAAUCGUCCCAAUCUGGCAGCUACGCUGCGAACCGAAUGGUGCCGUAAAAAGCUACGUGAAAUGGAGCUCGAUGAGUCGACGGCCGAGAAGAAGACGGUUCCACGCUGCCGAUGGGGAGUGAAAAAGUCACAGGCGUUUCAGAAUCUGAAUUUAGACCAUACGCAUCAGGAAGAGCUAAACCUGCGGCUCGCUACGAGGCGAGCAGAGCAACGGUUACGGCAGGAGGAACAUGCCAUCAACAUGGAACUGAUGAGGCAGCGAGUCAAGGCGGCUCCACUACUGCUGGAAGGACCCCCGCAGUGGGGUCCCCGGUUAGGUCACGUGGCACAUCGCUGUUCCAGCUUGAACCGCGAACCGGAGAAUGUACUUAGCCGAAAGCUCGAAAAGACAACGAAGAUGCAUCCACACAAGCUGUCCAAUUCUUCUGGAGCACCCGGAGCAGUCGGUACGGCGGGGAAGAAGUGUGAAUCACCAUCAACGAGCUGCACUACCGCCACUAGCUCCAUUGGCCACGGCCAUAGUCGAACGAUGGUACAGGAACGAAGCCGAAAACAGCGAUCUGCCGAAAGACGCCGGAAUACGGGGAACGGGAGCAAACUGAGCAGCUAUUCAUUUGACUCAACGGGCAAGCACAGCUACAAGCCCUGCGACAGCGAACUACUGAGUCUGUCCGACAUCUAG